ACGGGACAAGGCCCAAGCAGUGGCUGUAGUCACUCUUCCUUCCCACAAAGGUUUCUGGUGGGUCCCCAGUUCGGCCCAGCUCUGCGUCACCAUGUUCACGGGGAGACGCGGGAGCCGGGUGGCCGCCCUGGAGGAGGCGCCUCCGGAGACCCCAAAGGCAGCUGCUGAACCCGAGCGGGUUUUGCUGCGCGGCAUCUUCGAGAUCAGGAGGGAAAGCUGCGAUGUGGUGCUGGGUGAGCAGGCCCUGCGGUGGCGACGCAUCCAGCCCGAGCUCCCGGCUGGAUCUACUAAUGUAUUGGCACAUUCUCUCUUUGGAACUCUUCACGUGGUGACUGCAGCCAUGCAUAUUAUACUAGGUCACAUACAGUCAGUGGAUGUCUGCACCUUUAGCUCUGCUGGCAAGCUUCUUCGCUUUGGGUUCUCAGCCAUGUUUGGCUUUGGUGGAAGGACCUUGGCUCUGGCAGAGAAAUACCGAUGGAUGUCUGCUAGUCAGCGGAGAGACUUUGCUGUAAUCAAAGCACUGGCCAAACUUAAGCCAGAGGUCUGCAAAAUAUCAUUUUUACUAGCAGGUUGUUCUCAGAAUAAACAAGAAAGAAAAUCACAGAGCUCUCCAGAAUCUGACUGUGGUGGUCACUGGCAAACCAUCCAAGGGCAGUUCUUGAACAUCAGCAUCGUGGCAAUCCCCUGUCCAUGUUCAGUGGCACCCAGAGGCUUCACACCUGACACCAGAUUACAUAAUGGAAGCAUGGCUCUUAGAGUUGUACAGAACACCGCUCGAUCAGAAUUUGUAAAGCACCUGAAAAGAUUCUCCAGUGUAAAUAAUCAGUUCAAUCUUCCCUUUGUGGAGACUUAUACCAUUGAAGAAGUAAAAAUUCACUCAGAGAGUAAUAGCAAUGGAUACAGCCCACAGGAGGAGGUUGGAAACCACACAACUAUUUCAGAACAUGGGUCUCCAUGGAAUGUAGAUGGUGACUUAAUGGAAGCUUCAUCAGAGGUUCACAUUAGGCUGCACCCAAGACUGAUCAGGCUCUAUGGAGGAAGCCUGGAAGAAAUGAAUGAUUGCAAAGUAGCAUGUAAUUGCAUAUGAAAGCAGUAUGUAAAGCAGAAAUUUAUUAUGAAGGAAUCUGGCAUGCAAGAUAUAUACAAAUAGAAAAUGCAUUUUUGUUGUGGAUAGCCCUGGGGCUAAUUAUAUUUGAUGUUAAUUCUGUUCUCCUGUGAGUGGCUGCAAACAAGGAAUAAGUCAGCACUCAGGUGAUUUCCUGUCAACCUGAUUCGCACCUUAAUUUGUAAAAUAAAGGAUUGCUGAUGAUUGGGCAGAUAAAAGGGCAAGUGGAGCAGA